AUGGGUCUCAUUCUGAUGCGCCUGCUGGCCGUUGGCACUCUGCUCAACGCAUGGCUCGUCUCUUCCGCCCUGAUCGGCGACAGCAACAAUAAGCUUGACUGGCAGACAUGGGGUCCCUACAGACCAAAUUUAUACUUUGGUGUCCGGCCACAAAUACCCAAGACUCUUCUCAUGGGGCUCAUCUGGGCAGGCGGGGAUGACCGCAUCCGACUUGUUGAUACAUUACGGGACACUUGUGAGCAGGAGGACGGGGUGAGAGGAUAUGGCUGGACAACCUAUGACCCACGGAUCGGUGGCUCUCAGCUCAUCCACGACCAGGAGCUUCAGAUCGAUCUCACUACUGAAUUCGUCAAGAGCGAAGAUGGCCAGGGCUGGUCCGUCAGAGUCACCGGCACCCCGCGGCCAGGUGCUCCUGCCCCCACCAAGACAACCCUCAUCUUCCAUGUUGCCCUCGAAGGCAUGGCUGGCUCAACAAGCAAGGGCAAGAGCCUUUACUGCGAACAUCUGAACAAGGGGACUGGUCACUCGCUGGCGUUCGGCGCGUCUUGUCAUGGCCAGGAUCCAAAGCUGGGGCCUUUUGACCUCGUCAUCAGCACGGACAGCAGGGAGAACAUCAUCCACCGUACCGCUGUCAAGAGCACCGAUGUUCCCGAGGACAGAAUUUGGCAGGCUAAAUCUGUCUUCACUGAUCUACUCAAGAACGACGACUCAGAUGACGACAGGAAGGUUGUGCCAUCCAGCAAUACAGGCGACGGCAACAUGCACUUUGUGCACUACAAUUUCAUUGGCGCCUUCUCAGCAACGUUCAACUACCGCAACUCUCGUAGACUGGACGAGCUGCGCAAGUCGUUCCCUUCACAAGUGGACAAGGUGUUCCCCCGGUCUUCUGUUUUCCAUGAAGACAAGUACGCAGUCUUCGCUCAGGGACUACUGUCAAACCUCUUGGGUGGCCUGGGUUUCUUCCACGGGGACAGCAAGGUUGCCGCGAAGGAACCAGAGUUUGAGGAGACAGACCCCGAUUUCUGGAUGAAAGAAAAAGCGGCUAUGGGCCGUGCCUCGGUCACCACAACAGAACCGUCAUCACUCCUCUCGUUUACACCCUCGAGAUCUGUUUUCCCAAGGGGUUUCCUCUGGGACGAGGGCUUCCACCUGCUGCCCGUCAUCGAAUGGGACCUCGACCUGGCCGUCUCCGUGGUCAGGAGCUGGUUCAAGCAGAUGAACGCUGAGGGAUGGAUCGCCCGCGAACAGAUACUUGGGCCCGAAGCACGCAAUAAGGUGCCACCUCAGUUCCAGACACAGUAUCUCCACCAUGCUAAUCCUCCCACAAUGCUGGCGCUGGUCCUGCCCGCUAUCCUCAAGAAAGUGACGAGACCGUCCAGCUACUUUGGCCAUCCGUCGAAAUAUCUCGCCAGCGACGAGGCAGGAAAGGCUCUGAUCAAAGAGCUGUAUCCCCUCUUCGACCGGCAUUUCUCGUGGUUCCGCCGCACGCAAGCCGGCGACCUGAACGCCUGGCCUCGGCCCGACAACCACGUAAUGGUCGAGAGUUACCGCUGGCGUGGCAGGACCCCAAAGCACACGCUGACGAGCGGGCUCGACGACUAUCCCAGGGCGAACCCACCCCACCCAGGCGAGCUGCACGUCGAUGCGCUCGCGUGGGUCGGUGCGUCGUCGCGCGCUCUGAUGCAGGCGGCACAGGCACUCGGCGACAAGAACGCUGCGGAUGUCCACCGGGAACAGAUGGAGGCGGUGCAGCACAACAUGGACGUGCUGCACUGGAACGAGAAUGAGAACGCCUACUGUGACGCAACGAUCGUGGGACACGAUGACAGUGCGCAGUUCCAACAUGUGUGCCACCAGGGCUAUGUCUCACUGUUUCCGCUGCUCAUGGGGCUCAUGAAGGCAGACCACCCGCACCUCCCGGCGGUGCUGGACCUGUUGUCAGAUCCCCAUAAGCUGUACUCGCGGCAAGGCCUGCGAAGCCUCAGCUCUGAGGACCACGGCUACAGGAAAGACGAGGAUUACUGGCGUGGGGCGGUCUGGAUGAACAUCAACGUGCUGGCCGUCCAGCGCUUGAGAGCCGUUGGCCUCGAGGGCCACCAGAGGCCCCCGACAGCUGUGCAGGAGCGGGCCCUGACCCUCGGGGCUGAACUCAGGGACCGAGUUGUCAAGACGGUGUACAGGAACUACCAGCAAACUGGGUUCGCCUGGGAGCAGUACGACGACAAGACUGGCAAGGGGCGGCAUAGCAGGGCGUUCACCGGCUGGACGGCGUGCAUAAUUAUGUUGAUGGGCCUGGAGUUCACGAGAGGGCAAGCGGUGGAAGACAUCAUUGAACAAGCGUUCGAGGACCUAAGCCGGGACAUGGGCGUAUCGACGAGCACGCCCUUCAUCUUUCUGGCAGUUGUGCUGUUUGUUGUGUUGUUCAGACGAAAGGUGAUGGGCGUGAUUGCAUCCGUUGUGGAGUGCUGGCAAGCACGGACGGGGGGCAGGGGGGCUAGAGGCCGGUAUGAGACCGUUGAGCUGAACGGCCGCAAGCCGUGA